AUGAGAGACUACGGACAAAGUGGCGAUGAGCGGAUCGACGACAGACAGAGCGACAACGGACAAGGCGAUGGCGCACAGAGGAAUGACGAGCAGAGUGAUGGAGAGCCGCAGAGCGAUGGCGAGCCGCAGAGCGGUGGCGAGCCGCAGAGCGGUGGCGAGCCGCAGAGCGGUGGCGAGCCGCAGAGCGGUGGCGAGCCGCAGAGCGGUGGCGAGCCGCAGAGCGGUGGCGAGCCGCAGAGCGAUGGCGAGCCGCAGAGCGAUGGCGAGCCGCAGAGCGAUGGCGAGCAGAGCGACGUCGAAGAGGCCGAUUUCGAAGGGAACGGCGAUGGAGAGAACGAUUAUGAAGAGAACAGUUACGAAGAGACCGAUUACGAAGACGACGAUGGCUAUGAAGAGAACGAUUACGAUGACUGA